CGCUCUCGUUCAAAGGACAACACUAUCCCCGUUCUCGGGCUCGCCGGGCGGCUCUGCGUAUACCGCCUCUCGCCGUUCUCUACCAAACUUCUGCUCUCUUCUACGCCGUCUUGGUUACAGUGCGCAGUCAUAGUUCGUGACCCACAGUGACGCGACCGAAAACGGCCACAAUGUCUGACACUCACGUUAAAGAAGCCCGCAAGAAUGAAGGCGACAAGAAUGAGGAAGCCGUGGAAGUCGUCAAAAAAAGACCGUCCCUAUUCGGGAUGAGCGAGUACCUAUCGUACGUGGGCGGCGUGCACGGCGUGGUGGCAGCGGCGGGAGCAGCGGCGGCGCUUGGGCUCACCUACAUGUUCGGCCGCUCCUCGAACCCCAUCGAGCCCAUGGUCAGCCUGGACAACCAGAGCAGGCUGCUCACGGGGCUAGAAAGGAUCAGGACAUCAAGGCUAUGUCCAGAUGGGAAGCACAUAGAGUACCUCUAUGAAGACUGCAGGACAUUAUUCGAUGUCAUGUACAGGGGAGCGAGGGUCUCCAAUAAUGGCCCUUGCAUGGGGUGGAGAGAUCCAGGAUCAGGAGAAUACAAGUGGAUCCACUACAACCAGGUAUUGGAAAGAAUAAAGUGCAUUGCCUGUGGCCUUGUAAAGCUAGGGGAGAAGCCUGGGCAACAGACAUUCAUUGGUCUGUACACGCAGAAUUGUGUUGAGUGGAUUGUCACAGAACAGGCUUGCUACUAUUUCUCCAUGAUCAUCGUUCCUUUGUAUGAUACACUUGGAGCUGCUGCCUGUGCAUUCAUCAUUAACCAGGCGGACAUUGAGACAGUUGUUUGUGAUACUCAGGAGAAAGUGGAGUGCCUUAUCAGGCAGGCAGAAUUGACGCCUAAGCUAAAAAGGAUUGUUGUCAUCAAAGAUGUCUCAGAAGAAGUUAAAGAAAAAGCCAGGAAGGCAAACGUCAUGCUUAUGAAGUUUUCAGAACUUGAGGAACUUGGAGAGAAGAACUUCAGGCAUCCUUUGCCCCCACACACAACUGACCUGGCCACAGUGUGCUACACAAGUGGCACAACAGGAAAUCCCAAGGGGGUUAUGCUGACUCACCUGAACAUCAUCUCAGAUCUGUCUGCCGUCAUGCGCCAACUGGGGGAUGUUGCUCCUAAUGGUGACGAUGUGAUGCUGUCAUUUCUUCCCCUGGCCCACAUGCUCGAAAGGUGUUGUGAGAUGGCAAUCUACAUGAUUGGUGGCAAAGUUGGCUUCUUCAGUGGUGAUAUCAAGGAGCUUGGUGAAGACAUGAAGGCCCUGCGCCCAACAAUCAGUCCUACAGUACCCCGCCUGCUGAACAGAAUUCAUGACAAGGUGAUCUCUGCCUGCAGUGGCAGCUUCAUCAAACGUACACUGUUGAACAUGGCCCUCAAGAGCAAGGAGUCUGAGCUCCAGAACUUUAUUGUGCGACGAAACAGCCUUUGGGAUAAGCUGAUCUUCAAGUCAGUCCAUGAAAGCAUGGGAGGCCGCCUUCGGCUUAUGGUGGUUGGCUCUGCACCAUUGGCACCAAAUGUGAUAUCAUUUGUUCGCUGUGCUUUUGGGCUCGUGAUUGUGGAAGGCUAUGGUCAGACAGAGUGUACUGCACCUUGCACACUGACAUUUCCUGGUGACUACAAUGCGGGUCAUGUGGGACCUCCCAUUGGAGCCUGCAAUGUGAAACUAGUGGACGUUCCUGACAUGGAGUACUAUGCAAGCAACAAUGAAGGAGAGAUUUGUGUGAAGGGACCAACAGUCUUCCAAGGCUACUUGAAGGACCCUGAGAAGACAGCAGAAGUGCUUGACAAAGAUGGUUGGCUCCACACGGGAGACAUUGGCAAAUGGCUGGAUAAUGGAUGCCUGAAGGUCAUAGACCGCAAGAAGCACAUUUUCAAGCUGUCCCAAGGCGAAUAUAUUGCUCCUGAGAAGCUGGAAAACAUUUUUAUUCGUUCCUUGUUUGUGGCCCAGAUUUUUGUGCACGGAGAAAGCCUCAAGUCCUGCCUUGUUGCAGUUGUGAUUCCUGAUCAAGAGUAUUUGAUGCAGUGGGCAGCGGAAAACUCCAUAUCGGGCACAUUUCAAGAACUCUGCAGGAAUAAUAUUGUCAAGAAAUCCAUUCUGGAUGACCUAUCUCGCCUUGGAAAAUUGGCUGGGCUGAAGUCUUUUGAGCUGCUGAAGGACAUUUAUGUGCACAGUGACUUGCUGAGUGUCGACAACGGCCUUCUGACACCCACUCUGAAGACUAAGCGACCUGAGUGCCGGAAAUACUUUCUACCCCAAAUUGAAAGCAUGUAUAGGAGCUUAGCUUAGGGCCUUAGGGAUUACCUGAAAGUUUUUUUUUUUUUCGUUUUGAGCAAUAGAAGCGUCGUAGCAGAGGGCACAGAAGUUACCUAUCUCUAAACUUCUGCGGUUGCCCUCCUGUGCUCUCAGCACGUAGAAGAGGCAGCGUGCGAGACCAGCACACUUUUUUCCAUACCACUCACUCUCUAUUUGUCAUGUUUCCAAGACUCAAUGGCUCUGGAAAGAAGUCUCCCAAGCACUGCUAUUCUUUCUCAAGGACCACUCCUUGUAGAUUCUGUAAAAAGUUCAGUUAGUGUGGCUGAUCCAUGUCAUUCUUGGUGGUCAUGUGCUCUUUUUUCCCCUCCAUUACUGCUGAGUUUUUCUGUUCUACAUACUGUGCAUUUGCAGACCCUGGAUUUAAAUGCUAACAGCCUAGUGCUUGGGUUAAGGCUUGAAUGGAGCGUACAUUUUUCUGCAUCAGGCAACUCAUCUGCCAGCCCAGGGAACUUUUGGUUUGUUUUACUUUUCAUCUGGUGCAUACUUGUUUGCACUGCAGUACGUGAACUGGCAUACUACUGUAUGUGUAGAAUUUCAGUUUUUCUUGUCCUUGUUUUCCAAACUGACGUGUGUUUGCCUCAAGUGGCGAUUGAUUCUGAUUUUGUUGUCUCUCUGAAAUUACGUACUGCUUUUCUUGUGUGUGUAAACUGUUUGUUUGUGGCGUACUAUUGUUCCUUUAAUUUACUCGUCCCUAGGUUUACACGGGCUUUAAUCUUCAACUAGAUUGUGUCAUUCAGCCCAAACAGUGCUACUGUGAUGAAUGCAUUAUGUGUCACAUCUGUCAACAAGUUUGCUUGUUACUUCCAUCUUCGCUGCCUGCAAAUCCAGAUAAUGUCUGUGCGGCAGUGUUAUGAAAAUUCGAAAGAACGAUCAUUUUUAUACAUUUUACAGGCUGGAGCAUCCAUGCUUAUAGCAUUCUUGUUGCUCUAUAAAAUUGUUUUUCUUUAAUGCAUAGAAAUCACUUAUAUAUAAGUAUUUAUUCAAAAUCUUUCCUAGAAAACUCUUUCAGGUGAAACCUUAAAAAGAUAGACCUUCUUUGUUUACACUCUUUUGACACCAUAUCGUGUGAUAAUGCUAAAGUCAAAAAUGCAGACUCUAGUCCAAACAAAUUUCGUGACUUUGAAGCUUCCUGUUGUGGUGAUAAGUUAGCAUAGUAAGUGCAUAGAGCAAAAACCAAGAGCAUGUGCAGAGUGGCUGACCACCUUUAACGAUGCAUUUCAAUUCAGCACAGGUCUCUCUCAGGGCUAACAUGGUGCUGUCUCUCCUUCGCUUUUAUACUUAACAACUUAGGUUAACACAUUAAAAUUGAUCUUUACCAUUUCAUGUUCUUCUCUUUUUUUUCCCCUAAUCAUAAUUUUUUUACAUUCCACGCUCCUAAUGACUGCAAAAUGUUAAUCCUUCCACCCUUGUAGCUACCUCCUCUGGGUAGUCUUUCCACAACUUUGGUGACAAGAUUUUGAUGUUCAUCCAUUAUUUGGAUUUUACCUUUCUUCUUUUGGUAUACUAGCAGUGUUUUGCAAUAACCGUACACGCGCAAAGAAAGAGGACAUAUUUAUUAGUACAUUUCUUCUAGUUCCAAAUGACCAAAGAAUUAAUAGUACUUAAGAGCAGACAUUGGAAUGUAUCCAUGGCACUCAUAGUUAGGCUUUCAUGAAUAAAAAGUCUGUGAUUUUCACCUGC